AUGGAUAUCGAUCGCCAAAGAAGCAAUCACAGCUCACCACAGAACGACGACGAGGUGGCCGAGGACGAGUAUGGAGAUGCCAAUUUUGGGGCGCCACGUUUCGUGAUCCCGCGGCGGAACUUGGCCGCCGUCGAGUUACCGGCGAAUGUUCAGAAUGUCGACCGUGCCAUCCGGGCGUUUGGGCGACGGCCAGACUUGUCUAAUCUGCUAGAUUCUCAGACACACUCCGUGCCCUUGUAUCUGAAUCCAGAGAGCGCUCUCUGCCGACCUGUCAUGUCACAUAAUGCCAGGACCCAUAAUGUUGUCCUCAAAAUCACAGUCCCCCGGCGAACGGGCAGGAAAAGGAAGAGAGGGUUUGACGGGCCUUGGGAAGGCCAACCGACUGAGUCGGAAACCGCAGGGGAUGAGGACGUCUGUUCGAAAGCGCGCCUGGACGAACCCAAAGUGCUGAGGCGUAAACUCAUUGACAACCUCGAAAGCUACGGCAUCGAGGCAGUGGGCAUGGUGAAGCAUUCUCAUCGGUUCAGAAGCUUAGCGGACUUCCAGUGGAACGUUGCAAAGCGGUCCGAUUUCGCCAGGCGAUACGUUGAACAGGUGUACCCUGGAGACGUCGAGGACAUGAAGAAGUUCGAAUUCAAGCCCGGCGCUGAUCAACCGCCCAACGUCGAUGUUCUUCCGCCACCGAGCUUCACGCACUUGGGCAUCCCGUUCAACUACUUCUACGCGCAGAACCCAUACGUACGCAUGACAGAGGAUGGGCAGACAUUCAACGCCACGGCUGUCAAGCACAUUGGCCAUUUCAUUGGCGCUGAAGCGCCGGCUCCCACCGGUCCCCGCCAUCCUCCUGAUAUGACGGAUGCUAGGACGGUCAUGGUCCUGGCUGAGCUAGAAGCCGCCUUUGCGGAACGACCUAUCUGGACUCGUAGAUCGCUAAUGAACCACCUCGGUGACAAACUGCGAGGCUGGAACGAGCUCAAGAUCUACCUCAACUACGUCGCCUAUCAAUUCAAGGGUGGUCCCUGGAGGGACUGCGUUGUGCCUUAUGGCAUAGAUCCGAGGACCGACCCGAAGUACAGAGAAUACCAAACUGUCAUGUUCAAACUCCUGCCCCAGCACAAGCAGGCGUAUCAGUAUGAGGCGUGGUAUUCCAUAAGGGGGAAGCAAGGUGCCACAGACAAUACCUUCAAGCCUGAUCUGUCCAAAAGCCACAUAUUUGACGGAGAGACGUACCACUUGGAUGGCAAAGUCUGGCAGGUUUGCGACAUCACUGACCCCAUUAUCAGGGAGGUGCUGGACAACGCUCCCAUCCGGGAGCCUCGGGAUGAAGACAGUGGCUUCUAUCAGGGAGGCGCGUGGGCAAAAGUCAAAGCCAUCAUGAAAACAAGGCUAAUAGCAAUCCGCUUCGACCGCACAUUGACGAGGCAACACUUUGUGGCAACGUUGGACACGGGCGACGCUACGCCUACGAGAGCAGUGCAGGGAACUGCUUCGAUUCCGUUGCCCCAUCUAGACCUGACCCACGAAGAGCUCGUGGAGUUGAGGGGCUCAGUGUCAACCUCGAACAAGAAGUCCAGGCAUGCUGGCUAUUCAACCAAGGUCAAGGUCUCCCAGAAACCCCAUGACUCUGAUACAGGGGGCGGGGUGACGGCAUCAGGAGCCUACACGGAGGUUGGGGAGGCCGAUGACGACGACGAUGACGACGAUGACGAAGCAGAGGGGGACAUGAACAUGGAUGUGGAUGAAGAGGAUGAUGAUGAUGAUGCAGAUUACGACGACGAAGCUGCGAACGGGACUUUCGACUUUGUCGGAUACUUGCCUGGGAAUACGGAUAAUGAGGACGAAGCCGACGAAGAGGAGAACGAUCAAGGCCACCGUGAGGCAAACGCACAACAUGGCAUCGAGCAUGAGAGACGAAACACAUAUAUCAAGCAACAAGGCUACGGCCAGCACAUCUGCACUGUCUGCAAUGUCCUAUUUGCUACGCAUGAGAAGUUGAUGGAACACAAGGCCGAGAAGCGAGACAAGAACCCAGAAAACCAUAUUCAUUGCAAGAUUUGUGGCCAGGAUUUCCAAACCCUCGAUGGCGAAAGCUACCACAUGCGAAAUAAACACCCGCAGGAGCAGGUCCUACAGUGUCCGGGUUGCGGCCAUGGUCCCUUCGGACGUGUGUCGGCCUUGAUGGCACACAUUGAAUCCGGCGAGUGCAUUCGAAUCACGGCGAGCGAGAUAGAAGAUGCGCGCAUCGAAAAAGCAAAGGCUAUGGACGACCUGAAGAAACUGGCAAAGGGCCCCGUCAAGGGUGCGUUCAGCAACUUGUACAUGCCAGCAUCUACCAAGGUACCAUCCGUGGUUGGUUCAUGGGUGGUCCGCGAUCCAGACUUGACCAGUAGCGAACCACCCAAGUUUCCGGAGAACGAUGAAAUUGACACUGCUGAUUUUCCAUCGUUGCCAAAACCUAAAGGCGACGCUACGCCGCCCAUUGCGGGUGAUGCGCGACAGAAGGAGAACAUACGACCUCGUGAAUCCUGCGACAUCGAGAAGAAGCCUUUUGACGAGGACGCUGCGCCACCACAAAAGCCAUCUCCUCAGCAAAUUGCAGCCCUGUCCAAGCUUCAUGCGCGUCAACAAUACGAGUCUCAAGAUAUCCAUCACCCGAGCCACCAAGACUUCGAUGUGAGCAAGUAUCUGUGUCCGUACUCGGAAGCGUGGAUCUGCCCAAAGCAAUGCGUAAAGUCGUUCAAGACCAAAUGGGCUCUCAUCGGGCAUCUCAAAGGCCCAGCCCACGGAGAUGUGGUCUACGCGUGCCCUGCAUGCAAUCGCAAGUUCAAGUCCGUUACCUCCAUGACGGCGCAUUGCGAGUCCAACAGCACGAAAUGUCACAUGCGCUACACCAAAGACUAUGGCGCCUACCUAGACCAGCUGACUGGCGGUAUCAUCGAUGUCGACGACGAUCUGCACGACGAUGGAACUCCAAUGUACCACACGUCCAAGUCCGCCCACGAGACGUAUGGCGGCACGAGAAAGAGCGAGAAGAAAGCCGUCCAAGUACCCGAACCUGGGGAUGACAGCUACUGGUGA